AUUGUGGCUCGGUUUAACGAACGUUUCAUACUUUCGCUUGCUAGCUGCAAAAAUAUUGUUGUAGUUGAUGAUCAACUGCAUAUAUUGCCUAUCUCUGGUCACGUUUCUUCGUUAGAACUCAUACAGCCAGCCGCGAAGGGUGCUCUAUCCCCAUCUGAAGCCGAGCUGAAGGCUCUGAAAGAGGGAAUGAAAGACACAAAACCUAUUGGACCGCUGCUCAACAAGUGUCGAACUGCGUGUCAGGGCAAAGCGCUGCUUAGGUUGCUUGACGUAAUUACCGACAAAGUUAUGAAUGUGACGUGUUCAAUUACUGCUGCUAGAGGACGAGGAAAGUCCGCUUCUUUAGGUCUUGCCCUAGCUGGUGCAGUUGCAUUCGGAUACUCAAACAUUUUCGUUACAUCGCCCUCACCCGAAAAUUUGAAGACUCUUUUCGAAUUUGUCGUUAAAGGCUUUGACACGAUGGGAUAUCAGGAACACAUUGAUUACGAGCUGAUACAAUCCACCAAUCCAGAGUUCCAAAAAGCGCUUGUUCGUGUAAAUGUUUUCAGAGAACAUCGACAAACAAUACAGUAUAUCCAUCCAUCCGAUGCUGGGAAGUUAGGCCAAGCCGAGCUAGUUGUGGUGGAUGAGGCCGCUGCUAUACCACUUCCCUUAGUGAAGGAGUUGAUUUUUGGACCAUACAUUGUGUUUUUGUCCUCAACAAUCAAUGGUUAUGAAGGGACAGGUAGGAGUUUGUCGUUGAAACUGCUCCAGCAGCUUCGUCAGCAAUCUGCUGGAAGCGCUAAAGGAGAAAAGUUAGCUUCAAGCAAAGGUAGGAAAUUGCAUGAGUUGACCAUGGAAGAAAGCAUAAGAUAUAAACCCGGCGAUGAGAUCGAACAAUGGCUCAAUCGUGUCCUAUGUUUAAAUGCCGCAAACAUCAAUACAAAGCUGUCAUGCGGGACCCCUCCUCCAAAUGAAUGCGAAUUGUAA